AUGUUUAACACGCUGGAUCAGUCAGAGUUUGCUCAGCCAGUGCCUCUGCCUUACGGAGCUUUCAAGUGGUAUUUGUGCCUAUGGUCGAUGAGGAAUAAGGAACGCUCUGGCGCUGGCGGCCGGAACGCCCAGGUGCCUGGCCGAGGCCAGAGCCGCGCCCCGGGCCGGCUCCUGCUCCUCCCGGGCGGCAGUCUGGCACGGGGUUUGAGCCCCGGCGAGUACGAGCACCUCCUCAAGAGCCCCAACGUCCGCAACGUCACCACGCAACUGGGGCAGACGGUGUACCUCCACUGCGUCGUGGACUCCGCUGCGGACCGCAUGAAGGCGAGCCGGCGAAUCGUCUCGUGGAUUCGUCUGCGGGACUUCCACCUGCUGACGGUGGGGCUGACCCGGUAUACGUCAGACGAGCGCUUCUCCACGGUGCACGUACAGUACUCCAACAGCUGGGCGCUGCAGGUGAAGGACGCGCAACUGAGGGACGCGGGCCUUUACGAAUGCCUGCUCAACUCCGAUCCUCCGGUGAGGCAGGUGGUCUCCCUCAGGGUGGUCGUGCCCAAGGCUCGCAUCGUGGGAGGUCCGGACCUGCACGUGGAAGCCGGAUCCGCACUGAACCUGACGUGCAGCAUCAGCGAAAGCCCCGAGGCGCCGGCGUUCGUCUUCUGGUACCACCAGGGCCGCCUGGUGAACUUCGAGCGUGGCGGCCGCGUCGUGGUCGCCAAGGGCCGCAACGGCUCGGCCGUGUCUAGGCUCCUGCUGCCGGCCGUCCAGGCCGCGGACUCCGGCAACUACACGUGCGACCCGGCCAACGCCAACGCCACCUGGGUGCUGGUGCACGUCCUGGAGAGCCAUCGCCGACUUGCGGCCGUCCAGAACGACGCCGGGGGCAUGGCCCUCACCUCGGACGUGCGCCCUGCCAGGAGCUCCUGGAGUGUGCUCUUGGCGUGCGCCCUGAUGUCUAUGGCAGCGUCCUGUCGGACGGCGGCGGCGCCACAUAGGUGACGGCGUUGAGGUCGCUGCCAUGCCCUGGCACCAAAUAUCGUG